AUGAAGAUGGCGGACGCCAAGCAGAAAAGGAAUGAGCAGUUAAAGCGAUGGCUGGGCUCGGAAACGGACCAGGAGCCUCCUAUUCUGAAAAAGAAGAAGACGAAGGUGAAGUUCGAUGAUGGCGCCGUGUUUCUGGCCGCCUGCUCGAGCGGCGACACCGAGGAGGUGCUGCGAAUGCUGGACCGGGGCGCUGACAUCAACUACGCCAAUGUAGACGGUCUCACCGCCCUCCACCAGGCGUGCAUAGAUGACAAUGUUGACAUGGUGACUUUCCUGGUGGAACACGGAGCUAGCAUCAACCAGCCUGACAAUGAGGGCUGGAUCCCCCUCCACGCCGCCGCCUCCUGCGGGUACAUGGACAUAGCAGAGUAUCUGAUCAGUCAAGGUGCCAAUGUAGGUGUUGUGAACAGUGAGGGUGAGACGCCGCUGGACAUCGCUGAGGAGGAGGCGAUGGAGGAGCUGCUUCAGAAUGAGAUCAGCCGACAAGGAGUGGAUAUCGAAGCGGCACGGAAGGAGGAGGAGCGGGUCAUGUUGAGGGACGCCCGGCAGUGGCUCAAUAGUGGGCAGAUACAAGACACCCGACACACCAAGUCUGGAGGAACGGCUCUACAUGUAGCUGCUGCGAAGGGAUAUGUUGAGGUUUUAAAGCUUUUAAUCCAAGCAAAGUAUGAUGUAAAUAUUAAGGACUAUGAUGGCUGGACUCCUCUACACGCAGCAGCACACUGGGGCAAAGAGGAAGCCUGCAGGAUACUGGUGGAGAACAUGUGUGACAUGGAUAUCGUUAACAAAAUGGGCCAGACCGCGUUUGAUGUAGCAGAUGAAGAUGUUUUGGGAUACUUAGAAGAACUGCAAAAGAAGCAAAAUCUGCUGAUGAGUGAGAAGAAAGAUGUUAAAAUAUCUCCGUUGAUUGAAACCACAACCACAGGAGAUAACAACCAAUCACUGAAACCGCUGAAAAGCAAAGAGACGCUACUUUUGGAGCCAGAGAAGACCGCCCCGCAGAUCGAGACCUUGGAACCAGAGAAGGUGGAUGAAGAAGAGGAAGGGAAGAAAGAUGAAUCAAGCUGCUCCAGCGAGGAGGAUGAGGAAGAAGAUUCCGAAUCGGAGAAUGAAGCAGAGAAGAACAAGACUUCGGUUUCGGUGAGCAACAGCACAGCGCUGACCCCAGCCAGCAUCACCGUGUCCUCUCCAACUAGUCCAACCAACCAGGUGACGACGCCCACUUCGCCACUAAAGAAGGUUGCUCAGCUUGCUGGAAAAGUCUCCUCUAAAGUGGAGGAGGAACGGAAGGAUGAAUCUCCAGCUUCGUGGCGUCAGGGUUUGAGAAAGACUGGCAGCUACGGUGCGCUGGCGGAAAUCACAGCUGCCAAGGAUACUCAGCGCGAGAAGGACUCAACCGGCGUGAUGCGCUCGGCCUCCAGCCCCCGCCUCUCAUCCUCAUUAGACAACAAAGAUAAAGACAAGGAAAAGGACAAAGGAACCCGGCUCGCGUAUGUGGUUCCCACCAUCCCUAGAAGACUUGCCAGUACCUCAGACAUCGAUGAGAAGGAGAACAGGGACUCCAUGACUCUAAUACGUAGCGGUUCUUACACCCGUCGACGAUGGGACGAUGACCUGAAGAACAAUGAAGGAAGCGCCUCCAUCAACCGAACCUCCUCCUACCAGCGCAGCACGUCCCACACGCUAGCACUAGGGCGGAGCGGCAGCACGCGGGACGUGCCAGCCAAGUCUUCGUCCACCUCCAGCUUGGACCCUAACACCUGUAAUACUAAACCUUGGCAGCCGCCCUCCUCCCACUACCAGUCUUACAGCAUUUACCGCAGCGGCUCUUUUGGCAGAAGACAUGAAGACUUGAGCUCUUCGACCACCUCCUCAUCCACGACCACCACUAUGCCCUCAUCUGUUACCUCGCCCACUGGCCACCGAGGCCUGCUCUCCAGCCUGGGCUCCUCCUCCAUCCGCACUGGCUCCACCGGUCUCACCAGCAGGUACUGGUCAGAGGAGAGUGCAGAGAGGGAAAAAGAGAAGGAGAAGGAAUCUGCUGCGGUCAUCCCCACUAUAAACACUGGCUCCACCACAACCACCACGGCUACGACCACCACCACUGUAUCGACCACUACCGCCACCAACACCACUACUACUACUACUACUACAACUACUGGCACUGGCAUUGGCUCUGAAAGGCGCAGAUCAUACCUGACGCCAGUACGAGACGAGGAGUCGGAGUCCCAGAGGAAAGCUCGUUCCAGGCAGGCUCGACAGUCAAGAAGGUCCACACAGGGCGUCACUCUGACUGACCUGCAAGAAGCUGAGAAAACAAUCAGCAGGAGUCGUGCCACAAGGAGCCGGGAGGAGGAGAAGGAGGAGAAAGAGAAGCAGGACAAGGAGAAGCAGGAGGAGGAGAAGAAGGAGACGGAGACCAAGGAGGAUGAUUAUCGGUCGAAGUACCGCAGCUAUGAAGAGCGCUACCGGCCUUCAUCCUCCUCCUCCUCCAUUUCCACAGCCAGUAGCACCUCCACACCAUCCUACACGAGCACCUCGUUGUCCUCCAGCUCCCUCAGCAGGCCCAACAGCCUGACAGGAAUCACCUCCUCCUACAGCCGCCCCUCCAGAGACACUGAAAAAGAGACUGAGAAAAAGGAGGAGGAGAAGGAGGGAGAGGACAAGUCUCAGCCUCGCUCCAUACGGGAUCGCAGGCGGCCCCGCGAGAAGAGGCGCUCCACUGGAGUCUCCUUCUGGACCCAGGACGGUGAUGAACAUGAGCCCGAGCAGCAGUCCGACUCAGAGGAGGUCAACGCCAAGGGAGAACCAGAGAGUGACAGAUUGUCCAGGAACGAGACCAGCACUACUUCUAUAGAUCGCAACGACACUCUUUCGAGCCGAAGCUACGGUGAAAGUCGGAGGCCGUACUCGAGCCGACUGGAUAUGGGCGACAGCACUGACUAUAAGAAGCUUUACGAGCAGAUCUUAGCUGAGAAUGAGAAGUUGAAGGCCCAGUUACGUGACACAGACCUGGAGCUGGCAGACUUGAAGCUACAGUUAGAGAAAGCUACACAGAGGCAGGAACGCUACGCUGACCGCUCACAGCUCGAGAUGGAGAAAAGGGUAACGAGCAGGCCCCAAUAUCAUCUAGGUGGUGGAAAGAAGAGCUCUCGAAAGGAAGAUUUCUGAGAUGGAGGAGGAACUUAAGAUGCUCCCAGACUUGAAAGCAGACAACCAGAGACUAAAGGAUGAGAACGGAGCGCUCAUUCGAGUCAUUAGCAAGCUUUCCAAGUAGAACCGAAACCCGCCCACCCAUCACGUCUUCUGCACCUCCCCCCACCCCACCCUAUGGCCGCAACUAAUGGAAUUGCACAUUUACAUAUUAAUUGCAACAGACAUCAGAGACAAGACUCCUUGUUUUUUUUUUGUUUUUUUUCUUCUUCUCUACAACUCUUCUCUCCUUCUGCACCUCCACCGCUGCAGCAUCCAUCCAUCCAUCCAUCCUUCUAUCCGUGCAUCACCCACGCCAGACUGUGGCUGCUGUUCCGAUCGACCUGCCGAGUUUACACAGCAAAAGGAGGGGGAAAAGAAAAAGGAAUUAAAGAGUUUGAGUGAUGGGUGUGUCAAAGCAAAGCAUUGUGGGUGGGGCAGCCUGAAAACAAUUCAACCAAGAAGCCUUAGUUGUACAUAGAGAGAGUAAAAGGAAAACAAAAAAAAAAACACAUUUGCAUCAAUCUCUGAGCAGAUAUCAAACACCAGAUUUUAUUUAUGCCACAUUAACACCCCCCAGGACUCCCAGUGUGUCACUUCAACUCCUCGUGGCCCCUGGUUUGGUGCAAGCGAUCCUCCCCUUAUUUUUUUUAUCCCCCCUAACACACACACACAUCACCAGUGCACGAACACCCCCCCCCCCCACCCCACCCCCCAACCACCACCACCUCUGUGCAUCUUCCUCCAAGAGGGAAAUUUUUUAAGUUCUCGCUUUAGCAUCCUAGGCGGUUCUGGUGGAAUUUAAGCUUUCACUUUAUGUGCAAUACGCUUUUUUUUUUCUUUUUCUUUUUAAAUGCUUUAAUGACUCCAUCACAAAGUUGGAUUACCCCCCCCCCCCCACACACACACACACUUCCACUGCUUCUGUGGCUCCCCCUCCUCCCCUUGGUUUUGUUUUAAGUUUGUAGUGUAGUCGGUUUGUACUCUCACGUUGUUUUAGCAGGUACUGAGUGACGCUGUAUAUACCUGUAUGUAUUUGUUUGAGAGCAGCACACGGCAUGCGUUUACAGUUCGCGUCUGUUACCAUUAAAAAGUCGACCGAUUCCAGAGGACAACGAGGUGCGUUAUUAAUUUUUCUUUUUUUAUAAUUAUGGUCCAGUCUCUCCGACGUGAAGCGGCUGACACUUCAAUACUAGCCCCCCUCCCCCCUCGCCCUCCUCCUGCCCUUCAAAAUAAAACAUUCACAUAAUUAUGAAAAUAACUGCUUCACUACAUUUCAUAUUCACUGUAUUCAGUAUCUUUGGAAGAGUGCUGUUAAUUUUGUUUCCAAUCUUUUUUCUUUUUUUAAGCUAUACUGUUAUAGCCAAGGUGUUGUCACUAAAAUAAUAAUAAAAAAAAAAACUCUUAGAUACCGCUAACUCGGUCCUCUUUACGAUGUCUACAUGCACUGUCAAUGCCAUGUGAGGAGUCUUGAUGUCAGGUUAAGGCAGAUAUUCCAUGCAUCUAAAAACAUUUUAUGCAUUUCAGUGGCCUUUUAAGGAUAUUUUAGUAAAAGAAGAAAAAAAAAUGUUGCUGCAGAUGGCCUUAUGACCAUCUACUCUGGUUUAGACUUUUUUUUUUUUGUUUUUUGUUGUUGUUUUUUUCCAUCAUCUUGUAAAAUAGGUGUGUGGCUUAAUACAUGCAAGCUGUGCUGUGACUACCAACCACUGAAGAGUUCAUUAAAAAUAAACUUGUACAUUGUAAAGUG